AAAGGUUUCAAUUUGAAAUUGUCUUAAAAAUAUUUUAUUGUUUUGUACUGUGUGCUUUUCAAGGGAGACCGAAGGCUUAUAAGCAGCGUUCCCCAACGGUCGCAUUUAAAAUCAUUUGACAUUUGCAGCAGCAAGUACAAGCAAAAAGAAAAGCGCGUUCAGCGAAAAGUUAUUACUUAAUUGUUGGUGAUUAAAGUAUAAUUCAAAGAACAUUCUCGAAAUUCACAAGAAACAAUAAUCCAAAAUGCAGAUCUUUGUGAAGACCUUGACCGGAAAGACCAUCACCCUCGAGGUAGAGCCGUCUGACACCAUUGAGAAUGUUAAGGCUAAGAUUCAGGAUAAGGAGGGAAUUCCCCCAGAUCAGCAGCGUCUGAUCUUCGCCGGAAAGCAGCUUGAGGAUGGACGCACCCUGUCGGAUUACAACAUCCAGAAGGAGUCGACCCUUCACUUGGUUCUGCGUCUGCGAGGAGGUAUGCAGAUCUUCGUGAAGACCCUCACUGGCAAGACCAUCACUUUGGAGGUUGAGCCAUCGGACACCAUUGAGAAUGUGAAGGCUAAGAUCCAAGACAAGGAGGGCAUCCCCCCAGAUCAGCAGCGUCUCAUCUUCGCCGGCAAACAACUGGAGGACGGACGCACCCUUUCCGAUUACAACAUUCAGAAGGAGUCGACCCUUCACUUGGUUCUCCGUCUGCGUGGUGGUAUGCAGAUCUUCGUGAAGACCCUCACUGGCAAGACCAUCACUUUGGAGGUUGAGCCAUCGGACACCAUUGAGAAUGUGAAGGCUAAGAUUCAGGAUAAGGAGGGAAUCCCCCCAGAUCAGCAGCGUCUCAUCUUCGCCGGCAAACAACUGGAGGACGGACGCACCCUUUCCGAUUACAACAUCCAGAAGGAGUCGACCCUUCACCUGGUUCUCCGUCUGCGUGGAGGUAUGCAGAUCUUCGUGAAGACUUUGACCGGAAAGACUAUCACCCUCGAGGUAGAGCCUUCUGAUACCAUUGAGAAUGUUAAGGCUAAGAUUCAGGAUAAGGAGGGAAUUCCCCCAGAUCAGCAGCGUCUGAUCUUCGCCGGAAAGCAGCUUGAGGAUGGACGCACCCUGUCGGAUUACAACAUCCAGAAGGAGUCGACCCUUCACUUGGUUCUGCGUCUGCGAGGAGGUAUGCAGAUCUUCGUGAAGACCCUCACUGGCAAGACCAUCACUUUGGAGGUUGAGCCAUCGGACACCAUUGAGAAUGUGAAGGCUAAGAUCCAAGACAAGGAGGGCAUCCCCCCAGAUCAGCAGCGUCUCAUCUUCGCCGGCAAACAACUGGAGGACGGACGCACCCUUUCCGAUUACAACAUUCAGAAGGAGUCGACCCUUCACUUGGUUCUCCGUCUGCGUGGUGGUAUGCAGAUCUUCGUGAAGACCCUCACUGGCAAGACCAUCACUUUGGAGGUUGAGCCAUCGGACACCAUUGAGAAUGUGAAGGCUAAGAUUCAGGAUAAGGAGGGAAUCCCCCCAGAUCAGCAGCGUCUCAUCUUCGCCGGCAAACAACUGGAGGACGGACGCACCCUUUCCGAUUACAACAUCCAGAAGGAGUCGACCCUUCACUUGGUUCUCCGACUGCGUGGUGGUAUGCAGAUCUUCGUGAAGACCCUCACUGGCAAGACCAUCACUUUGGAGGUUGAGCCAUCGGACACCAUUGAGAAUGUGAAGGCUAAGAUUCAGGAUAAGGAGGGAAUCCCCCCAGAUCAGCAGCGUCUGAUCUUCGCCGGCAAGCAGCUUGAGGAUGGACGCACCCUGUCCGAUUACAACAUCCAGAAGGAGUCGACCCUUCACUUGGUUCUCCGUCUGCGUGGUGGUAUGCAGAUCUUCGUGAAGACCCUCACUGGCAAGACCAUCACUUUGGAGGUUGAACCAUCGGACACCAUUGAGAAUGUGAAGGCUAAGAUUCAGGAUAAGGAGGGAAUCCCCCCAGAUCAGCAGCGUCUCAUCUUCGCCGGCAAGCAACUGGAAGACGGACGCACCCUGUCCGAUUACAACAUCCAGAAGGAGUCGACCCUUCACUUGGUUCUCCGUCUGCGUGGUGGUAUGCAGAUCUUCGUGAAGACCCUCACUGGCAAGACCAUCACUUUGGAGGUUGAGCCAUCGGACACCAUUGAGAAUGUGAAGGCUAAAAUCCAAGACAAGGAGGGAAUUCCCCCAGAUCAGCAGCGUCUGAUCUUCGCUGGCAAGCAAUUGGAAGACGGACGCACCCUGUCCGAUUACAACAUCCAGAAGGAGUCAACCCUCCAUUUGGUUCUCCGUCUGCGUGGUGGUAUGCAGAUCUUCGUGAAGACUUUGACCGGAAAGACCAUCACCCUUGAGGUAGAACCGUCGGACACCAUCGAGAAUGUUAAGGCUAAGAUUCAGGAUAAGGAGGGAAUCCCCCCAGAUCAGCAGCGUCUGAUCUUCGCCGGCAAGCAACUGGAAGACGGACGCACCCUGUCCGAUUACAACAUCCAGAAGGAGUCGACCCUUCACUUGGUUCUCCGUCUGCGUGGUGGUAUGCAGAUCUUCGUGAAGACCCUCACUGGCAAGACCAUCACUUUGGAGGUUGAGCCAUCGGACACCAUUGAGAAUGUGAAGGCUAAGAUUCAGGAUAAGGAGGGAAUCCCCCCAGAUCAGCAGCGUCUCAUCUUCGCCGGCAAGCAACUGGAAGACGGACGCACCCUGUCCGAUUACAACAUCCAGAAGGAGUCGACCCUUCACUUGGUUCUCCGUCUGCGUGGUGGUAUGCAGAUCUUCGUGAAGACCCUCACUGGCAAGACCAUCACUUUGGAGGUUGAGCCAUCGGACACCAUUGAGAAUGUGAAGGCUAAGAUUCAGGAUAAGGAGGGAAUCCCCCCAGAUCAGCAGCGUCUCAUCUUCGCCGGCAAGCAACUGGAAGACGGACGCACCCUUUCCGAUUACAACAUCCAGAAGGAGUCGACCCUUCACUUGGUGCUCCGUCUCCGUGGAGGAAUCCAGGCUUAAACUAAAUACAUUUCCAAAUAAACACACUUUAGCACGCAA